CAAUAAUCUCCGCGCUAACGACGCAGUCCCGCCACUUCAAACCUUGCGAUAUGAUAUAAGUAAUCCGCCUUCAGCUUCUCGCCUAGCGACAAGAUCCUCACCAUGGCUCCCUCCGCGACCGCCGACAUCCCUCUCCCGUCUGGCCGCAACUCUCCCAAACCUCCGCCGGCGAAGAUAUGGAGCGUGAAUGAGCCGCCUUUUUUGGGCUUCAAGCCUAUAGAUAAGGAGGGAUAUGCGCGCAGUAAUCGCGAGACUGCCAUCGUCAUUGACAAUGGCUCUUCCGCAGUCCGCGUGGGGUGGUCCUUCGACUCAAAGCCACGACUAUCGCUGCCGCCGCUUAUGGCUAGAUACCGCGACCGCAAGCUCAAUCGAACCUUCACGUUUGUCGGAUCAGACGUCUACUCAGACGGCACAGCGCGAGGGCAGGCGAAGAACAUAUAUGAGCCCGGGAGCAACAUAGUGAACAAUUGGGACGCGAUGGAGGGUGUGCUAGACUACUGCUUCAUCAAGCUGGGGGUCGAUGGCAGGACAGGAGGCAUAGACAGACCCAUCGUCUUGACGGAGCCUGUCGCGAACCUGGGCUACACAAGAAAGACCAUGUCCGAGAUCCUCUUCGAAUGCUACGGCGCACCCUCCGUUGCAUACGGCAUCGACUCCCUUUUCUCCUACUCGUACAACGGCGGGCGCAACGGUCUUGUCGUCUCCUCAUCAUACACCUCCACCCACCUGAUACCCGUCGUCGACUCCAAGGCGCUGCUUUCGCAGACCACCCGCCUCAACUGGGGCCGUUUCCAAUCCGCCGAAUACCUCCUCAAACUCCUUCGACUGAAGUAUCCCGCCUUCCCGGGCAAGAUCAGCGAUCCACAAGCUGAGGACCUCGUGCGCGAUCAUUGCUAUGUAAGCAAGGACUACGAACAGGAACUAUCCCGUUACCUAGAGUGGACAGGCCUCGAAGACCGCGACCACAUAGUUCAGUUUCCCUACACCGAGCAAGUCGUGGUGCAGAAGACGGAGGAAGAGCUCGCGAUUGCUGCUGAGAAGCGCAAGGAAAGCGGGCGAAGGUUACAAGCGCAGGCGGCGAAGAUGCGACUCGAGAAGCUGAAGCGAAAAGAGGAGGAGCUGGAGUAUUAUCAACAGCUUCAUGAACAACUACAGACGGUGACAAAGAAGGAGGCGAAACGGAUACUGGAAUCAAAUGACUUUGACGAAGAGACCCAGCUGGAAAAGCGAGUCCGCGAACUCGAAAAGUCCAUCAAAAAAGCACGAAACAAGGACGUCGGCGACGUCGAAGAAGAGGCGCAAGAAGAACCCACCUUCCCUCUCCUCGAUACCCCUGACGAGCAGCUCGACGAAGAAGGCCUCAAGCAAAAGCGCCAACAGCGCCUCAUGAAAUCCAACUACGAAGCGCGCCAACGCGCCAAAGCCGAAAAAGAGCGCGAAAAAGCCCGCCUAGCAGAAGAGCAGCGCCUCGACGACGAGCGCCGCGAAGCAGACAUCGAAGGCUGGAGCGCAGAGCGCCGCAUCGCCCGCCAAGCCAUCAUCCAGAAGAUCAAAGACCGCGAGCGACUAAAAGCUGAGCUUGGGAAUAGAAAGUCGCUCGCCAACCAAAUGCGCAUGAAAUCCAUCGCGAACCUCGCAUCUGAUAACCCGACGAAGAAGAGGCGGAGAGGCGGCGCAGAUGACGAUACGUUUGGUGCCGACGACGCGGAUUGGGGCGUGUACCGCACGAUCGCGACUGGCGAGCAAUCUGACGACGAGGAAGAAGAGGAUCUAAAUAAGGCACUCAAGGACAUCGAAGCCCAGCUCCUCAAACACGAUCCCACGUUCACGGAAGAAUCCACGCGCGAGGCGCAGACAGACUGGACGAAGAGCAUUCUGCACGCCUUCCUGCACGGCCCCUACCCCUUCGAUCCAGAGUCACAGAAAGAAGCGCAUCAACUACAUCUCAAUGUCGAGCGCAUCCGCGUCCCCGAAGUAGUCUUCCAGCCUUCCAUCGCCGGCCUUGACCAAGCAGGCAUCGUCGAAAUAGCAUGCAACAUCCUCACAGAGCGUUUGGCCGACUCGCCGUAUCGCGACGACGUGCUCAAAGACAUCUUCCUGACCGGCGGGAACACCAUGUUCCAAGGCUUCGAGGAGAGGCUAGCUUCAGAGCUGAGGGCGGUGCUGCCAGCGGAUCAGGAGUUGAGGGUACGAAGAGCCAAGGAUUGUGUGCUGGAUGCUUGGAGGGGUGCGGCGCAGUGGGCAGCGAAGAAGGAGAGUAGACAGAACUUCGUCACUAGGGCCGACUUCAUGGAGAAGGGUGGGGAGUAUAUUAAGGAGCAUGAGUCGGGAAAUGCGGCAUUCUGAGGGGAGCGGCGAGUGGGUCCUUAUGAUUCUUUUGGUUUUUGGAUUACCGAUAAGUGGUGGGCGUUCUAUACUCUUUAUAGCGAAGGCAUACAUUUGGUCUAGGGUUCUAUUGAGCGUUGUGGCUCUCCUCGGCGGCUUCGGCGGACCAUACGGAAUGGAAAAGCUUUCAAAUGCAGAGUAGAGAAUGUUAUUCGUC